UUAACCAUAAUCACACUGCAAACCGUGCCCCUAACCUUAAAUGAAUACCAAGAAGAAAAUGUUUGUUUGUAUAAAUGUUUAAGACCAAGCCAAUUGGACUUUGUGGCUGUGGUAACUACUAGUGCAAUUGGAAACCCAGUAUCUGGUCGAAUGACUGAUCUGGGCAGCAACAAAAUGCCUGCCGCAGUGAUAAUGGGUGAAAAUUAUGAUAAACUUUUAGAGCAGUGCGAAACACAGGAGCUUGAGGCUCCAGGUGGCAUUGCUACCCCUCAAGUGUAUGCCCAGCUGUUGGUGCUCUAUCUACUGCACAAUGACAUGAAUAAUGCAAGGUACUUGUGGAAGCGAAUUCCUCAAGCCAUUAAAUCGGCAAACCCAGAACUGACGGCCUUAUGGGCCGUGGGUCAGCGUAUAUGGCAGCGAGACUUCCCAGGGAUCUACUCGGCCAUCGCAGCUCACCAGUGGUCUGAAAACAUCCUGCCAGUCAUGGAGGCCCUGCGAGAGACCACUCGUCGGAGGGCGUAUGGCCUGGUGGCCCAGGCGUAUACCUCCAUCAUGGCCGAAGACUUUGCCGCCUUUGUGGGCUACUCCGUGGAGGAAGCCGUGAAGGGGGUGGUGAGCCAGGGUUGGCAGGCAGACCCUGCCACCAGGAUGGUAAUGCCCCAGAAGCCAGAUCCUCCCCCUGUAUCGCUGGUUCCAAACGAGCAGCAGCUGGCCAGACUCACUGACUACGUGGCUUUUCUUGAGAACUGAUACAUUUCCUUCAGCCCUGUUUGUCUGCCAUGAGGAGGACACCAGAACGCCCCCUUUCCCAAGCUUAGGUGGACACACACGCAGGACCUCAAACUGACCCCCCUUGUGAAUGAUUGUCGUCAUGUCUUUUGUUGGGUAAAACUGAUUUUGAAUGGCUGGGCCUGGCUCCACAGUGGGUGGGCAUAUAUUCCCUCCGAGGCCCACCCAUGGUUGCGCCCCUGCUCAGUCGUGAAAUCCAUAGAUUAGGGCCUAAUGCUUUUAUUUCAAUUGACUGAUUUCCUUAUAUGAACUGUACCUCAGUAUAAUCUUUGAAAUUGUUGCAUGUUGUGUUUUUAUAUUUUUGUUCAGUAUUGUAUUUGAGUAUGCACCUUAUCGCUACAUGCAUUUAUAUGGUUUCUCAAGAGUGGAGUGAACCUGAUCAUAGUAAGACACGGAACUGCAUUUUACACAGUACCAAAUAUAUAAAUAGACCUAUUUAUAUAGACUCCCUGAGCACUUAAAAGUUCUCUCUCAAUAGAAAUUCUUCAGGUAAGAGAUGACUCAUCAGGCUAUUUGGAAAAUGUAGGCCCUUCUCUCCAACAAGACCCUUCCAUCUAUAGACUUUGCUUUUGAAUUACUGUUUGUGUUUUGACUUGUGAAUUAAUGGUAUAGUUUGUUUCUAAUUCUGAACUUGGUGGUUUUUGGGGGGGCAGUCCCUGCAAACAAGAAAAGUUGUGACUCUCUAGUGUCAGUUGUCUGUGAGAGCAACAUGCCACGAGAAGGGUGGCCUAGACGUCCCUCCCUCCCCAUAACAAUCCUUUAGGUGAAUCUGGCAACCAUCUGCUCUAUGAAAUACUGUUAGUCUGGUCAGGUUUUUUCAAUCCUUAACUUGAAACCCCUAUAAUAAUCAUUAGAAAACGCCGCUCUAGUCUCCACAUGCUGGGAGACAGUUUUGGGAUGUGGUUUUUUUCCUGUUGAUUUCAUCUAAGCCCAGAUUUUAUUGUUAUUUGUUUCUGACCUACAGUAUGCAUGCGCUUUGGAUUGAAUCCUAACCUGAGAAAUGCAUGUGUAAUUUAAAGUUUUCCAUAUUCCUAAAGUUUUAAUUGGAAGCACACAUCUCAAGUUGACCAUUAAGGUUCCAGAAGGAGGUGUGACAUUUAUUUGUACCUGUAGUAGUACUCAUUGACUAAAAACCUUGAGGAGCCACAAAAUAUUCAAAUACACUGAGAAAUGCAACAAUUGCGCAAUAAUAAAAGCAACACCAUGCAAUGAUCUAGCUCGACUUGUAUAGGUACUCCUCCAUUUUAGCUGUAAGAAACUUCCAACUGCCUGUCGCCUGGCCUAUUGCCCACUGGCUUGCCAAUGUAUGAAAUUAAAUAAAGCUUUAUUUAUACAAAUUUCA